UCAACUUCAUGGAUCUCAACCCCACUCUCAUCCCUCAGUCGCGUGUCUCUCACGAUCCCCUAAACGCCUUCCGAUUCACGUGGGCCAUCACACCCACGGUCUCAAGCGCGCGUGGACAAUCCGUUUCCUGGGAUGAUUUUGCCCUAGUCGCCUGCGAACGUCCCCCUCUAUAUCGAGAGCUAUCAUGCUUCAUCGUUUUCAUCUCCGAUCCUUGUUUUCCGAUCCGAAUGGAAUUGAUUUAAUUCGGUCUGCGGUACGUAGUUCGUUUGAUUCGCGAUUUUGAUUUUCUUGAUCUGUAAUUUAAUGUUCGAGAGAUGCAAUUGUACCGAAAUUUGAUUUAGAUCUGGUGAUUACGUGUUUUGUCCGUUGAUUCGUUGCGAAAGGAAUGGAACCUAUAGAUAUUGUUGGCAAGACGAAAGAGGAUGCUUCGCUCCCAAAAGCUACCAUGACGAAGAUUAUCAAGGAAAUGUUGCCUCCAGAUGUCCGUGUUGCAAGAGAUGCUCAAGAUCUGUUGAUCGAGUGUUGUGUAGAGUUCAUUAAUCUGAUUUCAUCUGAGUCAAAUGAAGUGUGCAGCAGAGAAGAUAAAAGAACAAUUGCACCAGAACAUGUACUCAAGGCAUUAGAUGUUCUUGGUUUUGGGGAAUACAUAGAAGAAGUUUAUGCUGCAUACGAACAACACAAACUUGAAACGAUGGAGACGGUGAGAGGUGGAAAGUGCACAAACAGAGCAGAGAUGACGGAAGAAGAAGCAUUAGCAGAGCAGCAGAGGAUGUUUGCGGAGGCACGGGCUAGGAUGAAUGGUGUUGCAAAUGUUGGUAAACAAGCGGAAGUUGAUCCUAGUUUGGAAGCCAAAUCGUAGAACCAAGAAAGCUUAGCUUAGCUGAUCUUAAAUAGGUAAGCUUCUCUUUUCUCUAAUCAUGUACAAAGUCCUCAUGGCUUACUUCUCUCUUUCAUUUGUUGGUAUGUUAAGAGUAAUCUGUACCUUUUUAAUUUGUCUAUAAGUUUAGUGUAAUUAGUAGUAAAGAUUUUAGUCUUACAUUUUGCAGGUAGAUUUUGUGAUUUCUCAAAUGAAAUAGAUGGUGACUUGUUUGUUUCUGUGUCUGUUCUUUGUACAUGAAAAUUAUUUAGAACUUGUAAGAGCCAUUUGGUUC